UCAUUUAAAAUAUUUAUUCCCAUUUUCAAUGGUCAAAAGUCUUUUCAAACUGAAGAAGCUUGAGAUAUCUAACUGUAAGUUCAUGGAAAGAGUAAUAGAUGAAGAUGAAGAGAGAUCAAGUAGGAUGUUGUUUCCUAAAUUAUACGAGCUGAAGCUCACAGAUCUUCCAAAACUCACGACAUUCUGCAACUCCACUGCAAAUAUUGUUGAAAUUUCCUCCUUAUUUAGACUUUGGAUUAAAAAUUGCCCUGCUAUUCAAACAUUCAUAUCCAAUUCUAUAUGUGGUGGGAUGACAUCAUCAAGCAAAGAAAAUGAAGAAAUGAGUGCAAAGGAGAACUAUACUCGCAUGCAAUCUCUUUUUGAUAAAAAGGUAAGAUUCCCUAGUUUGGAGAGAUUGUUAAUCAGUCAUGCUGAUGAGUUGGUAAAGAUUUGGGACGAUCAGAUCUCAUUGGAUUCCUUCUGCAAAUUAAAAAAUGUGCUUGUAUACUUUUGUAAAAGACUGGUAAGUGUUUUUCCGUCUAACAUGCUUGGGAGACACCAGAAACUAGAAUAUUUGGAAGUACAAAAUUGUGAUUCUGUUGAAGAGAUAUUUCAAGUGCUUGAGAAAAGGUCUAGAGAGGUGGAGGAAAUUGUUGACAAGGAGGAAGCAGUCCCUAAGUUUGUGUUCUCUAACUUAGCCGAGUUGUCUCUACAGAUGCUACCGAGUCUCAAAAGUUUAUACCCGAAAAUGCAUAUUUCUGAAUGGCCAAAUUUAAUUAAGUUGAACGUACAUGGAUGUGAUAAUAUUGAGAUAUUUGCUUCAGAAUUUUCUGGAAUCCGAGGGACUCAUGGAGAAAGUCAACAACCACUAUUCUUGGUUUACAAGGAUGCAUUCCCUAGCUUGGAAGAACUAGAGUUAGGUAAAAUGCCCAAGUUGUUGCAUAUAUGGAGAGGAAAUUCUCAGCCUAGCAAUGCUUUUCGAAAUCUCAAGACUCUGAAAGUAUCAGAAUGUGACUGUUUAGAAAAUUCAUGGUCAUCAUCAAUGUCUUUCCAGAAUUUGGAGACUUUGCAAGUUUCAAAGUGUGAUGGAUUGAGAUAUUUACUGACCCCUUUGAAAGCUAAAACUCUAGACCGACUUACAAGAAUGAAUGUAUCUGAUUGCAAAUUGAUGGAGAAAAUUAUAACACAUUUGGGAGAUGAAGCACUGCAGGAUCCAAUUGUUUUCAACAGAUUGGAUUGUUUGGAACUUCACUGUCUGUCCAGCCUUAAAAGCUUUUGUCGUGAGGAUUAUACUCUUGAAUUCCCAUCCUUAAAAAAAGUAAUUGUCAGGCAAUGCUUGAAGAUGGAGACUUUUUGUCAUGGAGUUUUAAGCACAACAAAGCUGCAAAAACUACAAUUGACAGAAGGAGAGAAUGAAGUUGAAGAAUGUUGGGAAGGCAACCUUAAUUCCACUAUACAACAUCUGUUCAGAAACAAUAUGAAUGUGCGGAGCUCCAAAGAAGAUUGAGGCCAUUCCUUUAAAUAGUUUGUGGCACACCAUGGCCCGUUUCCCCCAGGUAAACAGAGACUUUGUUCCUGCCAUCUUACUGAUAUUAUCUUCACAUUUGGUUGAAGGUGGAGCGCCCUUUGUUUAUUCAUUUGUUCUGUUGUUUCACUUGUUGGACUUGUAUUAUGUAUUCCAAUUUCUGCGAGUUGCCAAACACUUUGGGCAAACAAGACGAUACAAUAUGCAGUUUGUUAAUUUCUAUGUUGAUAGCUGUUUAAAUCACUUCCACAUGUUGUUAAAGAUGUAUAUAUCUACACAUGUAAGGACAGUUCAUUAAAUAAA